AUGGGAGGAAGAGGGAGACCAAAUAAGAACCACAACAAAACACCAGUAAUAGAACAGAAAAUAACAGUCAUCAUUACAAGAGAGCAAGGAAAGCAACACGCAAAAGCCAAAGGUAAAGUGCAAGAUGAAGAUGUGGAUCUGGAUAGUGAUAAUGAUCUAAAUUGGCUAGAUCUAAGCAAUGAGAAGCACAUGCACGAGAGGAAAGCAAUGCCAACUGGAAAUGGGGGAAGAUCCUGGGCAGGUUUGCUUCAUGAAAACAAAUUUGCAGCAAAAGGAAUGAACCCUGCGUAUAUUCCACCGGUGAUACAGGAAGGAGAAGUUGUAGUGCAAUUAUUGGAAGAAGACAUAGCUGAGGAAAAUCAGAAGUGGAAUCGAGCGAUAAUCAUGUACGUGGUUGGAAAUACUCCAACUAUUGGGGCAAUUGAACGAUUCAUAGCAGGACAGUGGAGUAAGAUCAAAAAAUCGAAGGUACUCUUCCAUAAUGAUGGGUAUUUUAUAAUUCUAAUAAACAAUUGUGAAGAUUGGGAUGAUGUGUUAAUAAAUGGACUGUAUACUCUGAACAAUAGGCCAAUUAUACUUAGACCAUGGACAGAUGGAUUUGAUUUCAAUGAGGAAGUGCAGAAAACCAUUCCUCUAUGGGUGAAAUUCCCAAAGCUUCCACUGAGCUACUGGAGUAAUCAGGAUUUAAGCAAAAUUGGGAGUGGUCUGGGCAAACCCCUAUAUGCUGAUGCAUGCACCAUAGUGGUUGUUAGAAUUUCAUAUGCUACGGUAUUAAUUGAAAUGGAUAUCACUAGGCCACUACCAGGAUCAAUCAAACUAUAUGAUCUUAAGGGAAAGGUGAUUGAACCGUUGAUACAAUAUGAUUGGAAACCUCAAUACUGUCAAACAUGUUAUCAAAUUGGGCAUUCAUGUAAAUACCAACAGAAGCAGAACCAGGAGGGAGGACAACAAAGAUUUCGAGCAUAG